UUUCAAACCAAUAUUUAUGGGAUUAACAUUUAAACACAUAUACUCUACACAGGCUUAGCAAUGAUUUUGUGUCCCAAUACAGGGUAAAUAUAACCCUAUAGAUUCUGCUCUCUGUGUUCUAACAGCUUAAAUAUGUACAGAAUGUGCUGUAAAAACGGCAUGCUUUGUGUCAUAGAAAUGCAUGACCUGCUUUCAAAAGUAUUUCUAUGCGGUUUCUUCCUUCAGGCAUCAUGGAUCCAAAACAAAUGUGGCUUGCCUUGUGAUUACAAAAUUACUCUGCAUGGCUUUUCCCAUCGCUCAGAUUGCCAUAGGUGCAGUAUAUCUCCAAGACUGUCCCCGACAGCACUACAUCCCCAUAUAUUUGCUUGUGUCUGGGGUAUUUGGUGUAUUUUUGGGCUUGUUGACUUGUCUGCCAUGUGCUAAAGAGACCGAAGAGGAAGGUCCUAACAAGCUCCGCAAUAUCUGUGGCUUGUGGAAUUCUCUGGUUUCUGCAUUCAUUUUCUGCUGGGUGAUCUGUGGGAGUGUGUGGAUUUACUCUAUUUACCCUCCUAACUACAACCAAACCCUGGCUGGAGACCUCUACUGCAAUAAGACCCUCUACCUUUUUGCCUUCUGGACCACCACACUGGGAUAUAUUCUAUUAGCUCUAGUGCUGUUGAUUAGCUGUUGUUGCUGUGUUUGUUCGUGUAUAUUUGGCACAAUAAUGAGUAAGUAGCAGUAUAAACGUAUUCAUAUCGGAGGAUUAUAUAUUAGUUGACUAUUUUUAAUCUUGUACUUUCCUCAAUUUGAUUCAGUGGUAAUAAUGUCAAAGACAGUUUAUGAGGGA